UUUCUCGUUGCGCGUGUUUACUUCCGGCGCAGCCCGGAAACAUCAGAGGGGUUCUGGAGGUGACCGAAUGGCAGUGUGCAGAAUUGAUUUGAUUUCUGCAUUAUAACAGAAAUAGUAAUUGUCAGUGGUUGGACGUUAGACUAUUUUUGCUGUCUGUGGUGAUAUACUGCGUUCAGAAUGGGGUCACAUCUCGUGCGGAGUUAUAUCACGGAAAGGGACACGACGCCAGACCCGAGAAAACCGUCCGCAUAUGACCCGCAAUUGGGCUUCCCUGAGCGGAAAGAGAGAGAAAUGGUGGCGACGCAGGAGCAGAUGAACCUGGCCAUGCUGCCGGUGGAGCAGCGUGAUUACUGCGCGCACUACCUGCUCAAACUCCUGAAGUGCAAGAGAGACAAUUUCCCCAACUUCCUAGCUUGCAAACAUGAGAGACACGAUUGGGACUACUGCGAACAUCAGGAUUAUGUGAUGAGGAUGAAAGAAUAUGAGAGGGAGAGAAGACUGAACUUGAGGAAAAAGAGGAUUGAGGCAAAUGCAGCAUAAAUAUCCCAUCCUCAUCUUUAUUUCUCCAUCUGUUUCUUCUGUGUAUAUAAAUGGCUCUCUUAAUAAUAAAGAUUAUCUAGUGAGCUCUCAGAACGUGAA